AAAGAAUCGAAUUAGAAUCUUUGUUUUCAGAAAGAAUCGAAUUAGAAUCUUUGUUUUCAGAAAGAGUCGAAUUAGAAUCUUUGCUUUCAGAAGGAAUCGGAUUAGGAUCUUUGAUUUCAGAAGGAAUCGGAUUAGAAUCUUUGAUUCCAGAAGAAGUCAAAUUAGAAUUAUCAAUUUCAGAAGUCGAAGAAGUCGAAUUAGAAUCAUCAACUUCAGAAGAAGUCAAAGUAAAAUUAAUUUCGGAAGAAGUCAAAGUAGAAUUAAUUUCAGAAGAAGUCGAAUUAGAAUCUUUUUCUUCGGAUUCAUUGUUUUCUUUAGGUGAUGGAUUUGUUAAUGUCGAUAGCGACGAUGACUCAAUCUUUUCGAUAUUUUUAUUACUUUCAAUUUGUGCAGCUUCUUCAAUUUUUUUCAUUUCCUUCAACUAA